CUUCUUUCAUCUUCUUUUUUCUUUCACGAUGGCGUCGCUUCUUGAUAAGAGCGUCGGCGCGGCCGAUAUGACGCAGCUGCCGGACUACAAGGAAGAGUCGCUCCUCAACAACCUGCACGUUCGAUUCCAAGAGAGUCUCGUCUAUACGUACACUGGCUCCAUCUUGGUCGCCGUCAACCCGUACAAGUCCAUCCCGAUCUACGGCAACGACGUCUUCCGCAGAUACAAGGGCGUGCGCAUCGGCGACUUGCCACCGCACAUUUUUGCCAUCGCCGAUGGGACGUAUACGUCGCUGUUCAAGGAUGGGCGCAAUCAAUGCGUCGUCAUCAGUGGAGAAUCUGGCGCUGGCAAGACCGAGUCGACCAAAUUCAUUCUGCAGUACCUGGCCAACCUGAAUAGCAAGCACUCGCUGGUCGAGGAGCAGAUUCUCAUGGCCAAUCCCAUCCUCGAAGCGUUCGGCAACGCCAAAACGGCGCGCAACAACAACUCGUCGCGCUUUGGCAAGUUCGUCAAGGUCUUGUUUGGUGCAACGGGCGCCAUCCAGGGCGCCACCGUGUCGGACUAUCUUCUUGAAAAGUCGCGCAUCAUUUACCAGUCACAGAACGAGCGCAACUACCACAUCUUUUACAAUCUGAUUGCGGGCACCACUCCCGACCAGAAGGCUGCCUGGUGUCUUGAGCCGACCUCGGCCUAUCGCUAUCUCGGAAAUGGCGAUGGAGGCGGUCUGCAAGGACGCGACGACAAGGAAGAGUAUCGCACCCUUCUCGAGGCGCUCGAGCUGCUCAACUUUGCCAAAGACCGCACCCACGACAUUUUCAAAACCGUCGCCGCCGUGCUGCAGAUUGGCAACAUUGAUUUCUCCACCUCGGACCAAGGCGGCAUGAGCUGUGCUGCCGUGAGCAAUGCUGCGGCCUUUGACAAGGUGUUGAAGCUUCUUGAAGUCGAUGCAGAGGCCCUCAAGAAGAGCCUGACCUUCAAAGCAACAGAGACGCGCGGCGAAGUCUUUUACACGCCUCUCGAUCAGAAGCAGGCGGAAGACACCCGCGAUGCGCUUGCGAAGGCCAUCUACGGACGUCAGUUUUCCUGGAUUGUCAAGGAAAUCAACCGCAACAUUCAUGCGGAGGGCACCAACAUUGGUUUUGUCGGCAUUCUCGAUAUUUUCGGCUUUGAAGUGUUUGAGGUCAAUCGCUUUGAGCAAUUCUUCAUCAACUACGCCAACGAGCGUCUGCAGCAGUACUUUAAUCAGCACAUUUUCAAGAUCGAGCAGCAGGAAUACACGUCUGAGGGCAUUGAUUGGAAGCAGAUUGAGUUUAUCGACAACCAGCCCAUUUUGGACUUGAUUUCGAAAAAGCCGAUUGGUAUCCUGUCCCUGCUCGACGAAGAAAGUGGCUUCCCUCAGUGCACGGAUGUCACGUUCGUCACCAAGGUCAAGAAGCAGUACGAAAAGGACCCCAACCUGCUCGUGAACAAGAAGGCCGCUGAGACCUUUGGCAUUGCCCACUAUGCCGGCGAGGUCUUUUACCGCGUUGACGGCUUCCUCGAAAAGAACCGCGACACGCUGCGCCCGGCGCUGGUCGACACGCUGCUCGCCAGCAAACUCGGCCACCUUCGCGAAAUCUUUGUUGGCUUCUUCGGCGAAGACGCGGCAGGCUCCACAUCGUCGUCUGGAACGGUCGUUUCGAACGUCAAGGGUGCCAAGAGCGCGGGCGGCAACGCUGGCAACAAGGGCAAGGUGACGGUCGGAUUCCAAUUCCACAACUCCCUGUCAGACCUCAUGCAAACUCUGUUUGAGAGCAACCCGUUCUUUGUGCGCUGCAUCAAGCCGAAUCCCAGCAAGGUCCCGACGGCAUUCGACAAGACGCUUGUCAUGCACCAGCUUCGUUACUCUGGCAUGAUGGAGACCGUCCGCAUCCGCAGCAUGGGCUAUCCCGCGCGUCGCCCCUUCCAAGAUUUUCUGUUCCGCUAUCGCGUGCUGCUCCCUCCCCGCACCAAGGUUGCGGCAGGCAGCGAGCCGCCCGUCAUUCGCUCCAUCAUGCAACAGUGCGGCGUGGACCCGUCCAAUCCCGCCAAUGCACAGAUGGGUUCGACCAAAGUCUUUUACAAGGAUCACGUGGACAAGGUUCUCGAGAGCCGUCGUGAAGUCAAGUUCCGGGCAAACGUGAUUCGACUGCAAAGCUGGUGGCGCGCUCGCAUGGCGCGCAAGCGCUUCCUCAUGUUCCGUGUCGCAAUCAAGGUCAUCCAGGUCUUCUACCGCGGCCACCUCAUGUACAAGGCGUACGUCAAGAUGCGACGUCUUGUUAUUCGCAUGCAAGCCCGCGCACGCGGCUGUGCCAUGCGACGCCGCUACUUUAUCAUGCUCGAGGCAGCACGCAAGGCGGCCGCCCUCGAAGCGGAGCGCCUUCGGCUGGCCGAGGAAGCUCGCAUUCGCGCAGAGGCCGAAGCUGCUGCUGCUGCCGCUGCCGCUGCCGCUGCUGCCGAAGCUGCUGCCGCCGCCGCUGCCGAGGCGGAAGCCGCUGGUCUGCCCCCGCCAGAGCCCAUUCCCACUGUCACUGUUACAAUCUCGCCGAGUACUACCGAGACGACCGAGAGCAGCGCACCUGCUGCUGCACCAGCCAUCGUUGCUUCGGGCGGCGACGCCAACACCCCGGCUCCCGCUGCAAAGCGCACGCGCCCAAUGUCCUUCCUCCAGUUUGCCAACUCGUCCACUCUCAAACGCAGCGGCUCUUUCGCCACCAAGAACCGACUCACAGCGGCCGAGAGCAUUACGCUGCUUGAAAUGUCGCAGUCCGCGGGCGAGCUGAAUGUCGAGGACUACCGCCGCUUCAAACACGAGCUCAUCGAGAAGGAGCUCAAGCGCACCACCGAAUUGGUCCAGAAGGGCGAGAUUUCGAGCAAAGAAAUGGAUCGCGUCAUGCUCUCCUUGCUGGGCAGUUCCGCGAUGGAUUCCGUCAGUCCUGCCGUCGGCCCGGCAGUCGGCUCCCUGUUGCGCAAGCAGAUCGCCGGUGCCAACACCUUUGAGGAGUUUGCAGCUGCACAUUUCAACAAGGGACUGACGGCGACCUUCCAGCCUUUCUCCCUGUCGUCCUCGCUUUUGCGAUUGUCGGACGACCUGGAAGGUGUCGCCAUGCUCAUGUUUGAUUCGCUCAACCAAGUCAUUGGCGGCGCCACCGGCCAUCCCAUGCUGGAGCCAACCGGCGCCAUCCAGUCCAUGAUUGCAUCCGUGUUGGACUACCCGCGUCUCGGUGAUGAAAUGUACUGCCAGGUUCUCAAGCAGAUUUCUGCCAACCCCAACGAGGACAGCCGCAAGGCUGCGUGGCACGUCCUGUCCAACUUCCUGGGCUCCUUCCCGCCGUCUGUGCCCCUGGCCAAGUGCGUGCGAGCGUUCAUUGCCAAAGCUGACGCGGCGUUCGACUUUGGCAUUAUCGACUACAAGCCUUUCUGCCAGGCUCGGCUCGACAAGACCUGCAUGCUGCUAACUCCCCGCAAGCACGCGGUCGGCGCCCUGGAAGUGCAGUCCUCCAGCACUUGCUCGGACGUGGCACUGCCGAUCAACUUGAUGGACGGUCAGUCCAUCACCGUCAUGGUCGACUCGCUCAUGGAAACGCAUGAACUUUGUGCCAAGGUCGCCAAGGCAGUCAAGAUGGCCCGCUCGGACGGCUUUGCCAUUUACUUUGUGAACGGCCCUCUGGAGCUGUGCAUUCGUGACAAUGACUUUGUUCUGGACGUGUUGGCAGCGUUCGAGGCGCAGGCCUUCCUGACUGGCCAGCUCGAGUCCUUCUCGCCCAUGUUCUACUUUAAAAAGCAGUGCUUCAUGCACCAGCUCAGCGAGAAGCUGCACUUGGACGACCCGAUCGCCACGCGCCUUCUCUACUCGCAGGUUGUCGGUGCGUUCGUCACUGGAGCAAUCGCCCUGGAUUCGCUCGCCAUUCUCGAUGUCAUGACGCAGGUUGCGGCGGUCGAGACGAGGCGGGAUGCCAAAACGGUCAUCAACGCCGACUGGGUGCAAGCCAACGUCGCGCGCGAGCACCACAAGUCUGUGACGGACGCGCGGCUGCGCGACGGCAUGGCCAAGUACAAGGACUCGACCGAGCAGGCGCUCAUGUGGCUGCUCAUUAAUCGUGCGAUUGCCAAGACACCGUACUUUGCCUCCACCUUCCGCGCCACGCUGGUCGAAGCCCCGCAGGACGUCACGCCGCCGCUCAAGUUCAAGAAGGGCGAUGAGGUGCUGUUGGCGUUGGACACGGUCGGCUUCCACGUGUGCUCCCUCGAUCGCAAGUCGAUUCUCUACACCCGCGACUACAAUGUCAUCAAGACGCAUGGCGCCAAGCUCCAGGAAAAGGACGCGCUGUGGACGAUCCAGUUUGUGCGCGACCUGCAGCUGACCUUCAAGCUCGAACGCAACGACGGCCCUGCCAUCAACCGAAAGCUUCGAGUCUACAUGGAGGACUUGCACAAGGAGGCUCGCUAUGGUCUUGCUCUCUUUGACUAUGACGCCAACGACGCAACCCUGUUGCCGCUCAAGAAGGGCGAUGUGAUUACUGUCAUUCCCGAGGAGACGAGCGAUGAGAUUCAGGACGACGAGGUCGGCGAGCACGACGAUGAGUGGAUUGAGGCCGAGAUCAACGGCAAGGAGGGCUUUGUGCCCCGUGCGUAUGUGCACAUUCUGCUGUGCAAGCCACUCGAAGACGUGCUGGGCCGCACCGAAACGGAGGUUGCCGGACCAAAGGCCGCCGCCAACGCCAGCGCUGCUGCUUCUGCCGGCUCGUCCGAGGCGACCGCGCCAGUCACCAAGCUCAGCGCGGCCGAAGAGGCUGCGCGCAUCAUUGCCGAAGAAGACGCCAAGCGUGAAUCUGCUCGCGCUGCAGCCGAAGCCGAGUCGCUGGAAGGUCUGUUCAAGGACAAAAAGUUCAACUUGCUCGAGUACGUCAAGGAGAACUUUGGCGACGAUGUCGAGUUCAAAAAACCCUCCGUCCGCAUUCGCAAAGGCAACGGCCCGAGCCUUUCAACCUGGGGUAUCGGUUCGAUUGCCGAGAAGAUUAAGUUUUCCGAGAACCCCAUCAAAUCCGCGCUCCACAAGCAAAUGUCCGACGCCGAUUCUCGCCAAGCUGUCAACUGCUUCCGAAAUCUCAUGGUCUUUAUGGGCGACAUGCCGAAGCGAUCUCGUGGCGACGUUCAUCCGAUCGCAUCGAUUAUCAACGCUGCCUUGGCCGCACCCACGCUGCGCGAUGAAAUUUACUGUCAAAUCAUCAAACAGACCAUUUCCAACCGAAGCAAGCAGCAAGAGAGCUGUGGCCGUGGUUGGGUCGUCAUGCUGGCAUGCACGAACUUCUUCCAGCCUUCCCCUCGGUUUGAAAUGUAUCUCAAAAAGUUCCUCCGUGAUUGCGCUGCUGACAAAAAGCGACCAUUCUACGACGUUGCCGCUAUUUGCGAGAAGCGCUUGAUAGCACUCAAGCGUCUUGGACAACGCGCGACUGGCCCAUCCGCUGCCGAGCUCGACAGUCUUGAGCACGAGACCCCCUUGUCAAUCAAGACGGUCUUUAUGGGCACGACCGCCACCAAGAACAUUCACGUUACGAACGUGGUCAACGUCAAGGACUUUGUUGGAUUGGUCUGCUCUCGCGUCCAGAUUCCCAACCCGUCCGAGUGGGGCCUGUGGGCUUUGAAUUUGAGCAACCCUGAUAUCGAGCCCAUCCCGAUCGACAACAAGGCCUACGUGUUCGACGCUCUCAACCAUGCUGCUGCCAAGUGGCAUGCCCCUGUUGGCGUGCAAUUCCGCAAAAAGUUCUGGCUCACGAACGAGGAGUGGAAGCGCGGUGGUUUCCUGGCUGAGAUCAUGUAUUAUCAGGUUCUCGAUCGAUACCUCAAGGGCCACCACAAGGUCGAUGUGGACCAAGUGGCGAAACUCGCCGCGCUGCAGUACCGCGUCGAAAACCACGACAUGCAGGCCUUCAUGUCGAACGUCUGCAGCGUUUGCAACAACCCUGCCAGCAAGCGCUGCAGCGGUUGCAAGCUGGCGUCGUAUUGCAGCCGCGAGUGCCAGCAAAAGGACUGGAACGUGCAUCAGCACGUGUGCGGACAUGAAAAGCUGCAAGCUGGCAUCCAGUGGCGAUGGGGCAAGUACAUUCCGCGAGAAUUGCGCACGUUCAUGCGGCAAGACGAAUGGGAAACACGCGUCUUUGCUCAGAACAAGUACAUCAAAGACAUGGAUCACGAGGCCGCCAUGCAGCACUUCUUGACAGAGGUCAUGGCUUGGCCGCACAUUGCAACGAACGUCUACAACGUGUCCAAGCUGCAAGACUCGCACGGCGACACGUACACUGGUGUCAUUGCUCUCCUCAGCACGUCCAAGAUGUCCUUCCUCGACCCCAAGUCCAAGUCCUCCCUCGAAAUUAUCGAUUUCAAGGAGCUCACCAACUACCGUGAGCAGCAAAGCGACGUUGGAGCGACUGCCGCGCCUUCGCUCAACUUGAAGGUGACGGAUGCCGCUGGCAAGUCGCGCAAUGUGCGCGUCAACUCGGACGAGAUGUUUGACAUUGUUCAAUGCUUGGAGCUCUACCUCGAGGCAUUCAACAAGCGCAAUGAAAUUUUGGCCGCGUCGUCUUGAACGCUGCACCCACUCUAAUCCUGCUAUUUUCGUCUAUUUGGUGUUAUUUGAAUUUGUUUGUUGCGGUUUGCUUGUCCUUCUCUUGCCCGAUUUGCUACGCGCUUAGUCAUCGGACAAGACGAGGGUUUUGUUUUGGUGUUCAUGCCUGUACGCGAUAAUCCAUAAUGUUUGCUCUA